AUGUCCAACUACGCCAAGUGGGACAAGAUCCUCCGGGAGCUCGAAGAGGACGAGGCCGAGACCUCGACGUUGGCCAAGACGGCAGCGGCGACGACGAGCGCGCCGGCCAAGCCGCGGCUGUCGCACAAGCCCCAUCAGCUGCGCGAGGACAUGCGCGAGACGUCGGAGCGUAUCCACGCCCUUGAGAAGGACCUCAAGGAGUACGAUGCGCUCGCGUCCGUCCUCGACGACCUCCCAAAGAAGCUCGAGCACGAGAUCAUGGUGCCCCUCGCGAAGCAAGCGUUCAUUCCUGGCUCCAUCAUCCACUCGAACGAAAUCAUUGCGCACCUCGGCGGCGACCACUACGCCAAGAAGACGGCGAUCGAGACGCAGGACAUGAUUGCGCGGCGCCAGAAGAACAUUACGGGGCAGAUCGACGCGCAAAAGGAGUGGCUCGCGUCGCUCCACGACAAGCUCCACGACGUCGACCACGUCCUGAAGCUCAAGAAGAUUUACGAGGAAGAAAACAUUCAAGAAAUCAAGCAGUCGGAGGAAGAGAGCAACGCGCUCCUGCAAGCGACGGACGCCACGGACGAAGAUUUUGAAGAAUAUUUUGAGAUUGAGAAUGAAGAAGCCGCCAAGGCCCAAGUGGCCGACGCCUGGAACUGGGACGAGGCCAUGCAGCGCAUGGAAGAGCUCGAAAAGCACGAAAGCGAUCAAGCGCAGGAAUCCUUCUUUGUCGACCCUAAUGUCACCAAAGCCGAGGGGUUCAAGCAGCAAGGCAACGCCGCGUUUGCGUCGACCAGCUACCAGUCGGCGAUGGAGUAUUACUCCAAGGCCCUCGCGCUGCAGCCGUCGUCGCACACGCUGCUCGGGAACCGAUCGGCGGCCUACUUUCACUUGCGCAAAUUCGACUUGGCGCUCGAAGACGCGACCAAGGCCAUCUCGCUCGAUGCGUCCUGGCCCAAGGGCCACUUUCGCCGCGGCCAGGCGCUCGGCGAGCUCGGGCGCUUUGACGAAGCGGCGGCGGCGUUCGAGAAGGCGCUGGCGCUCAAGCCGACCGACAAGUCGAGUGCGGCCCAAGCCACGACCAUGCGCGCCAAGGCCAAAGCGAAAGAAGAUGCCGAGAACCUUCGCGUGUCCAGCAACUCGAGUGUCUUUUCCGGGCGUGUGCUCGAGCGCGGCACCGAGCCGGCAGCGCCCGCACCCGAGACGACCCCCGUGGUGGCGCCGAAGCGUGUCUCGCGCUUCAAGGCCAUGCGCCAAGGCCAGUCGUUCGAGUAG